CAAGCUAUGAGCUGAAUCAUAUAUCUGAAUCAUAUAUCAUGUAUUGAGCCAUCAAAUCGUGCCGAACUCGGACCCUCCAGGAGCGGAACUGCAGAUGCUAAAAAAAGACAGAGACCCCGCUGGAACUGAAUCGGCUCGUCCGGCUUGUUGAAAAGACCCGGUUCCAAAGAGCGAUUCGUUCGCGAGUCGGACAUCGCCAGUCUCCCGCCGAGAGCUGCUGGUGUUCGCAGGUGCUCGGUGUGUGUGUGCGUGUGUGUGUGUGUGUCGGGGGGAGGAUGCCAUUAGGACGGACGGGCAGGGGAGGCAUGAAGGGAGCGAAGAGGAUAGAGCAGAGGACGUGAAUGCCGAGGAGGACGAAUAUGAGCGCAUCGCUGAAAGGGGCACGUUGAGCCGUUAUCUCUGGUCGGCAACAGUACUAUGAUUUGGUAUGUGGCCACUUUGAUAGCAAGUGUAUUCAGCACCCGAGGAACGACAGCUCAAGGUGCCCACGGAGUGAGAGAGGAGCCCCAGUUUGUGACGGCCCGUGCAGGAGAGAGCGUAGUUCUGGGAUGUGAUGUGAGCCACCCCCUCAACGGCCAGCAGACCCCCUACGUGGUGGAGUGGUUCAAGUUCGGAGUGCCUAUUCCCUUUUUCAUCAACUUCCGCUUCUAUCCUCCUCAUGUGGACCCAGAGUAUGCUGGUAGGACCAGCCUGCAUGGCAAGGCAUCUCUGCAGAUUGAGCAGGUGCGCUCCGAGGACCAGGGCUGGUACGAGUGCAGGGUUCUCAUGCUGGAGCAGCAGUAUGACACCUUCCACAACGGCAGCUGGGUCCACCUCACUGUCAAUGCACCCCCCACAUUCACGGAGACGCCGCCGCAGUACGUGGAGGCAAGGGAGGGGGGCAGCAUCACUCUGAGUUGCACCGCCUUCGGGAACCCCAAACCUGUGGUCACAUGGCUCCGGGAGGGGGAGCAGCUGACCAGCAACAAAAAAUACAUGGUGAGUGAUGGUAGUCUGACGGUGCAGGCCAUCGCACGGGAGGACAGAGGAGCGUACAGCUGCCGUGCUCACAGCGACCAGGGAGAGGCCGUUCACACCACACGCCUGCUGGUACAAGGUCCUCCAUACAUCGUAGCUCCUCCUGAGAACAUCACUGUAAACAUCUCCCAGAACGCCCUCUUCACGUGCCAAGCGGAGGCCUACCCCGGCAACCUGACCUACACAUGGUUUUGGGAGGAGGACAAUGUCUACUUCAAGAAUGAUCUGAAGCUCCGAGUGCGCAUCCUUAUCGACGGCACCCUCAUCAUCUUCCGUGUGAAGCCCGAAGAUGCUGGGAAAUACACCUGCAGCCCCAGCAACAGCCUGGGCAUCUCCCCCUCUGCCUCAGCCUACCUGACAGUACAGUACCCUGCCCGUGUUCUCAACAUGCCACCAGUCAUCUACGUCCCAAGGAAGUUGCCAGGAAUCAUUCGCUGCCCUGUCGAUGCCAACCCGCCCGUUACGUCAGUCAGAUGGGAAAAAGAUGGAUACCCCUUAAGGGUGGAGAAGUACCCAGGCUGGAGCCAAAUGCCAGAUGGAAGCAUUCGGGUGGCAGAGGUCACAGAAGACUCUCUUGGCACCUACACCUGUGUGCCUUACAAUGCCCUAGGUACCAUGGGACAAUCCCCUCCAGCCACUUUGGUGCUAAAGGACCCCCCUUACUUUAAUGUAAGGCCUGGGGGGGAAUACCGUCAGGAGGCUGGAAGAGAGCUGGUCAUCCCCUGUGCUGCUUCUGGAGACCCUGAAAUUCCAACCAUCACCUGGAGAAAGGUAGGGAAGCCCAGCAGAAGCAAGCACAACAUCUUACCCAGCGGCAGCUUACAGUUUGUGUCUCUGAGCAAAGAGGACCACGGAGAGUGGGAGUGCGUCGCCACCAACGUCGUCACGAGCAUCACUGCCAGCACACGACUUUUUGUAAUAGGCACUAGUCCUCAUGCGCCAGCCAACGUCCACGUCUCAGCGUCCACAACCUCAGCUAAUGUCUCCUGGGAACCUGGAUACGACGGCGGCUUUGAGCAGACCUUUUCGGUCUGGUACGGCCCUGUGAAGAAGAAGACGGAUUUGGGUCCCCACGACUGGCUCUCCGUCCCUGUGCCCGGCUCUCAGACCUGGUUGGUGGUACAGGGGUUGGAGCCAAAGACUGCCUAUCAAUUCAGUGUGCUGGCCCAGAACAAGUUAGGCACGGGCCCCUUCAGUGAGGUAGUCACUGUGAAUACAGUAGUGUACCCUGUAAGUACCCCGGAACCACUGGUGCUUCUUACCCCACCACGGUGCCUCACAGCCAACCGGACGCAGCAGGGUGUACUGUUGACAUGGCUCCCUCCGGCCAACCACACUUCGCCAAUAGACCGUUACAUCAUUGAGUUCCGUCUGGGAGAAAGGUGGGAGGUGCUCGAUGACUUGAUUCCUGCAGAUGAGACUGAGAUCAUGGCUAGAGACCUCAUUCCGGACUCGUGGUACGAAUUCCGUGCCCUGGCUGUCAUGGAUGAUCUCAUUAGUGAAAGCAGUAAUGUAGUGGGAGUGUCAAGCACAGACCCCUUCCCUCCCACAGAGAUAUCUGACGAAGGACUGGCCAGGCCAGUGGUGGCCGGUAUCGUGGCUACCAUCUGCUUCCUGGCCGCUGCUGUCCUUUUCAGUACCCUUGCUGCCUGCUUUGUCAACAAGCAGCACCGUCGCAAGCUGAAGCGCAAACGAGAUCCUCCUCUGUCGAUAACCCAUACCAGGAAAAGUGUUGAGUCACCGCCUCCUCUUACCCCCUUGCCUGGCAUUGAGCCCUACUGGGAAGAGCCAGACAGGAGCAGCUACAGGCCCCCAUCCACCAGCCCUCAGCUGUCCUCUGGGAAAAUCAGUCCAGAGAGCAUUGCCUCGUCCCGGCCCCCAUCCUUGGCCAGCGUUGGCGUGCCUGGUCUUUACGUGAAGAAGCUGCCGAGCCCAAGGAAAGAGAAGGAGCUGUCUCUGUACAAGAGAACCAAGCGAGCAAUAACGGGCAAGAAGUACAGCGUGUCCAAGCAUGAGGCUGAGGUCACCACACCCAUCGAGCUGAUUAGCCGCGGGCCAGACGGCCGCUUUGUGAUGGAACCAACAGAUGGCGAGACCUCCCUGAAGUCCCGGCGCAUCGAGGGCUUCCCCUUCGUCGAGGAGUCGGACUUAUACCCUGAGUUCCGGCAGUCAGAUGAGGAGAAUGAUGACCCCGGGCCCCUUCCCCCAGUCAUGGCCACGCUCAGGCCCCAGAUAUCCCCUGUGUCCUCCAGCCAGGAGUCCUACAUGCAGCCCCCAGCCUACAGUCCCCGGUUCCAGAGGCCCAUGGAAGGUAUGAGCAUCUUGGAGGGUAGUCGGCUUCAGGCCGCAGGGCAGAGCCGGGUCUCCCACUUUCACAGGGUCUUCCCCCCAGGCCCUUUCUACGGCUAUCUAGGUAGCGGCGCCGAGGUGGAGCUCCACCCUCCGUUCUACAUGCCCGAUGUCAGCCCACGCAGCUCCGCCAUGUCCUCCUCCUCACCUCCAUACCCCCCUGAGGGGCCCUUCCGCCAUCCUGCCAUACCCGAGGAGAGGGAGGGGCUGAGGAUCCCGCAGUAUGGCGCCUCUGGCCACGCCCUCCCGCUGGCGCACAGCCCUCCCUCCUCUCGCUCCACCGAGACCUGGCAACCUCCUGACUUCCCCUUUCUGGGUCAGGAGGGUGCCCGGCUCACUCUCCCACCCCACCAUCCCUCUCAUCUCCACCGGGACCUCCCUGAGCCACCACCAUACUUCUCCUCGCAUAGUCGCGCACUCAGCGCCCCGUCUCAGCCCCCCUCCAGCUCGGCUUUCUUGCAGCUGGAGGCUCCCCGGGCCCACCUGAGCCGAUCGCCCGGUGAGUUCCCUCCUCCUCCUCCUCCUCCUCCUCAGGGCCUCGCAGCCACGCAUGUAACUAUGCAACAGGCCCAGAGUCUGGGGCAGUUGAGACACACUGCCCACGGCAUGGGCGUACCGGUGUUGCCUUACCCCGGGAGCCCCAGCACGCUGCGCAGCGAGAGCUCGGACGGCUGGCGGCCCGAGCCGGCCCCCUGGCUCAGCCCCAGGGCGAGGGCGCGCCGCCUGGAUCUGGGCCUGCAGCAGCAGGUGGUGCUGCAGCCGUCGCGCCUCUCGCCCCUCACCCAGACCCCUCCCAGCUCCCGCGCCGGCUCGCCGGACAUCCUGGUGCGCCCGCCACCUCGGCCCAGCAUCCUUCGCCACUCGCGCUCACAGGAGAUGCCCGAGAGCGCUUCCCGCCACCCUGCCAGCGUCUCGUUCUCCCGGAGGUCCCUGUCCUCUUCCCCUGCCACCUCUCCCACCCAGGGCCUGGGCACCGGCCGCCGGCCUGGCCCUGCCUACCACGCCCACAUGGCCUUUGCCACCACAGCGGCCAGCUACCCCUCCCAGUCCCCCUCACCCCCAACGGAGAGCAGCAAUGCUUUCGGCCAGCUGCCGUCUCAGAGGAGGACGGAUGAGGAGAUGCUGCCCUCAGAGCCCUCGCCAGGGGAACCUCUAGGUGCAGUGAGAGUCCCUGCAGGGUCUGAGAGCUUCGAAGCACUGAUUUUUCAUUGUAUUAAAAAAGCCAAGAAAGUAGCGGCCAACAACAACAACAACUCCAAAGCCAAGAAAAGAACAGAUGUGUCCUUCUCUCAGACCCAGCAGCACCACGCAUCUCAGGCACCCCAGCAAAGACAAGAGAUCAGCUCUCCCACCAGGAAGAGGAGGAAAAAAACACUGAGAAAAUCCCCUUAUCUCCACUUAUCUUCCAUGCUGCGCUGGUCUUCCCCAAGAGAAGACCAGAAAGCCCUAUUGGCCAGCGUGAACUCCACCCGCCCAAACUAUGGCUCUCUGCUCUGACCAGUCCAAAUCCUGCAGCAGCGAAGUGGAUAUGCAGUCAGUAUUGUCUUUGACUUUAAACAGUAACUUCAGAUUUACUCCCCUCCUUUUGGCACAACGUACGCGUGCGUUAACAAAGAGGAGAGAAAAAGUUUUCAGAAGAGAAACCAGGAUUACCCAAAGUAAUCCAUUACUUAUCUUAAAAACCUUGCAGACACAGUUAGCUUUUGUCUAGAGCUAAAUUUGAAGCGUCUGAAUUAUUGUGCUUAUUGUGAAACCUGAAGAGAUCUAAGCUGUCCCUCAGAAACAUGUAAUUAACACAGGGUUUCUUUUCUUCCUCUUAUGAAAUAUACCUCAGAAAAAUUCAAUUCUGGCACAUAUUAUAGCACGUAGACCAUCAUUUGUGCAAGCUAACAGUAUUUUAUAAUGAGUUCAAAGGCUUCUGCUGUCUGUUUUUGGCAACCCUCCAAUAAUAUUUAGUAUUAUUUGUUCCAGUGACAAGGCAUUGAUCCAGAGAGUGCUAAAUUGCCAUGCCUUUUUUUAGAUGUGUCAGUGUCAUCCAAUGCAAAGCACAGAAUCUCAUAGAAAUUGUAAGCUACAACAGAGUCUUUGGAUCCCAAUGCAAUACUGGCCUGCUGCUAUAUUUGGAUCUUUCGUCAUAAACCUUUCUGAGGGGGCUCUUAUGUGCUAAGUAUAGUCGCUUUAGCCCACUUUCUCUACAAUCUCUCAGUGUAAACCCAUUUUUAUUUGUAGUUUAUUUUCGAACACAGACGAUCAGUGCUAUUUUUUGAUAUACUGAGUAGUCAAUGUGGGGACUGAACAUAGGAACACGAAAAAAAAACAAACAUACUUUUGUACUUUUUGGGAGAAAACAUGUAGUUACAGUGAACAAAAAAAAAUCUUUGGCAUGUUAAAGGUGACAUUAACUCUAGACUGCUAGUCAUUUUGUUUCUUGAGAUAUUUCAAAGACUGCCUUUUCCAGAGGAUUUUUGAUUGAAUUAAUGCUCACGCCUCCGAUUCUCUUUUGUACACUAGAGAUGGGGAACGACAUUAAUUGCUAAGACAAGAAACUCACAGUGUGUCAUGAAACGGUGCUCCGAGUUUUCCUCGGUGUAUGCUUCAGAAUCGGCUUUUAAAAGAAAGCACCUCAAAAAUUGGGAGCAAUUGACUUUUUGCCAAAUCCCGAUGUCAGAAGAGUGUGAUUUGUAUGUCUCUCGGGUUCUGCUUAGCCCUUGCGUUCAUACCUACACGCUCAACAUGUGGGUGGUGGGCGGCGUGUCUUUGGACGUUCUUUAUUCCAAAUUGCUCCGUCUUGAUAUGACGAUUACAAAUGUAACUUUCAAACAUUCAAGUAAUGUAAGUAUUGUGACCCUUACGCAAAUGUAAUUAGAAGUCGUGAAAUGCAUUGUUAGUGUAAUGUUGAACUGUUUCAAUCAGUUUGAUAGAGAUAAUCAAGUAUUAAUUCAUAGGUUAUUUUAGAUAUACACCAAGGAAGUACUGUAGAUAUUGUGCAGACAAAUGAAAACACGACAUAUACCAAUGAGAUAUUAACAUCAGUCUAAUCAUUUGAAAACGUAACCGCGAGUUGUCUAGAACGCUUUAUUCCUGACAAAGUGGACUACUAAAAGUAGCUUGAGAGAGAUUUUUAAGGGGGGAAAAAAAAAGCAUGGAUUACUCUCAUAAUCUUUGGUUUUCCAUCCAUCCUAACUGUUCGUAGGGCCCAGCGAAGGUUUGUGUCACUGGAGUACAGCUAACCAGUUUCUAAUCUCUUAAAUGCUUUAUUGUGUCUGGAGCUCACUAACAGCUGCUGACCUGCAGCUAACCCUCUGCGCUGGGUCAGUUUAGCUCUAACCGAUGAUGAAUGUAUGGUUUGGUUUGAGGACUACUGACUUGUUUUCGUCAUUUGAAAGCCUGCUGUUGUAUUAUUUAAAAGCCCACUGUUCAUGUACCUGUUUGUCUGAACUGACUCUCCCAUUUAACCCCUUUUUGAAGAAGCCCUGCAGUAUUACAGUCCGUGAUCAUGGAAGAGGGAAUUAACCACUCAACCGCAGACGUUUUGAGGCAAACCCUGAACUGAUUGCAUAGAGAGUAUGUUCGAUAUGAGUAAAAGAAGUGUUAUUGCAUGAGAGCUAAUGUUGGUGCCCACAUGUUCCUUUUUGUCCCACAACAUUUUCAAACGGUCUAGCGUUUUCCAGCUGUUGCUAAUAGACUGCACAAGUCCAGGUCGUUUUCCCUCAUGUAUUAUACUAUGUAUGAGUUUGUGAAGCUGCUUUACAUGUGUAGAAGGUGGAGGCCGCAGUACGGCGUCCACAUUUACUUGCCUUUAGCCCGCUGAAUGAAAAAGCUAAGGACAACUUAUGGACAAAGUCCAUCUAACGUUUUUGUCCAUUCGCGUUAAGAAAACAUGAAGAAGUCCUACGAAAUAUACACAUGUUUACAUUACUUAGAAAUAACCGUGUGAGGAUGUAGGCACAUCGUACGCAUUAUGACUUGGUGCUAUGUCUUUUUGAACUCUCGUGGUGCUGUGUUUUCAGAGGUCAACACGUAACGAUUCAUGCACAGUCCUCUGUCUUAAACUAACUCAACUAUAGCUCCAUUGUGGUUCCUCUCGUCCAGGUUUCAUAGUGAGUAGGGUUGUAAGCAAUAAUAAAACCAUUCUAACAGGACAGAACCUGCAUUCUCACUGCAUAUCUCGCUACAGAAAUGGAAAAACAAGGCUUGAGGCAUUUCAGAUUCAGGCUUGAGGAAUUUCAUAUUCAGUGUUAAACACAGGGGAUUGUUUGAAGCUACAAGGAAUUUAUAGAAAGAUUGACGAAGAUUUGCUGACCUUUAGAACCAAAAAAGGAGCAAAUCGAAGCGCUGAUGCUUCUCAGUGUAAGCAGGGUAUAUUUAAAAUGUUCCACGGAGCAUGGACAGGACCUAGCAAAGGGCAGUCUGGAGAAACAAAUACAGUAUUAAUGUUUUUACAGUGAUUUUUACAAACACAGUGACGUGAUACGGCUGUCACACUGCUACACGGUGACAGUAUUUCUGUCCAUCCAAAACAGGCGUUCUUCAGACAGUUGAUGGGAAUCUUCUUUUUUUUCUUUCUUCUCUUUUUUUUUUUCCUCCAGUAUGUGCAUGGAGACCAGAUCUAAUACGUCUCUCUUGUAGAAUAUAACUAAAACUGUACAUGUAGACACGCCCCCUUUUUUUUUUUGCUUGUUAUGAUAAAAAAAAGACUAACUCUUAAGAGGGCUCAUUCGCAGGAAUUGUCAUAUCAACUCUUUGCCUGAAUUCGCUUAUUAUGCUUUCUUUUAUGAUCCGUGAUCUUAUUUACUGUGCUGUGUGAAACUCUUAACUUUUUUUAUGUUUCAUUUCUAACUAAUUUCGCAUACGCUCAGCUUCCAUUCGUCCACUCAUGCGUUGUUCUUUUUCAUUUUAUUUUUUUUCAUUGCUUUUCAUGUUUACCAGCACUGAGAAUCUAGAAUGUACUACUACAUUAUGCACUAAUUUAUGACUGUUUUAAGAUUUAAACCUCAUAUGUAGAGCUAGUGCUCAUUGGAAGCAUAUGUCAAAACUGCGUUAAUCGUGCAUUUUCUAACUGCAUUUGAUUUGUGUCGUACGUGACUUUUUUGUUUUUUAAUUUUUUUUACAGGUUUUUUUUUUUAUGUAGAUGGUUUCUGGGCUGACUUUUGUUUUGCAUACGUUGCUCAUUGUUUUUCCACCUCAAAUGCAGUGUACUGAGACUGUUCACGUGUUACAAAACACACAAAUAAUAGACCGUUCUUACUUUCUUUCCUCUCAUUUCUCUGAUUUAUAUGGUUGAAUGACUGAAUGACUUCAUUAAUUUGAGGCUUCUUUGUUUUUGGUAAUCUGAUUUAUUUCAGGUAUUAUUCUUGAACAGUAUGGUGCUGUACCAAAGCCUUAUGUAAAAUAUUAUUCUGCUGUAUUGUUUGACUCUUCUUCCACUGCUGUUAAGACAAGUGAACACUCUCCAAGAAAAUCGUGACAUGUUGCUAGCCAAACCGACUGAUACGACUCCGGUGCAGUGUGCCUCGAACUCCUCGUCCUUGAAUAAUACUUCUCAGUGAGGUCAGGGACUUUCAAAAUACUACCACAUGCUCAGUAAGACAGUACGAUUUGGUGCCUGGUGUGUCUUCAUCAUGCCUGCUGCUAGGAGUAAAUGUAAAUGGUGUCUCAUAUCUGUAUAACAUUACCUUAACCAUGUCGUGGGUCUCCACUCUUUUUACUCAUUUGGACUUUGUGGAGCAGCAUCGUAACUAAAAGGGAUCAAUCUGGUAGAAAGUAAUGCCAUUAUAUAUAUCAACAAGGGAAACAUCCCAUUGUUUUUUUGGUUCUUUUCAUAUGAGCACAUUAAAAGCCGAACAUGCUAUCCUAACUAUCCUAACACAUUGUCUGAGGUCUGCUUCCAGAAGCAGGUUAGGUUGUGGUAGAUCUAGGCUGUUAGGCUGUCCGUAUGCUGUCUCAGAUGGUCCAAUUGAGGUAUUGUAAUGUGGAGCAGUUAAAAUAGCAUUGUUUACAUCACCUGAUGCCCAGAUAUGCACAUUUUGGCAGGUUCUAUUAAGUUGACAUUUUCCAAUGCUUCGUUCCAUCUAAUAACCCUCUAAAAUUUUUGUAUUUUGAUAUAAUAAAAUACAUAAGAGUAUA